UUUGCACUUCCCAGUGGAGAACAUAUAGCGUACGUAUGCUAUAUGUUCGGUGUGUUUAAUACGCUAGUCAGUCGCAUUCCUUACUCGAGGUUAAAGCCGUGCGAUUGGUCCGGAUCGGUAUGACGUCACUAGUCCACGACCGUUCGUGGUUCUUGAUAAUAAUGUGUUCAACAUUCAACAUGGCCGUGCGUAGUUGUUAGAGUGGUGUGUGUGUGUGCGCGCAGGAUUCAGUGGGGUUGAAUGGAUUUUAAUGCAAAAUAAUGCCUAGAAAAAGGAAUGGCGAAAUUCCACUGCCCGAUGGUUGGGAUUUCGGACGUGAUUACGACGGGAAAAUAUACUUUAUUGACCACAAUUCGAAGAAAACGACAUGGAUUGACCCGAGAGACAGAUAUACAAAACCACAGACGUUUGCAGACUGCAUUGGAAACGAAUUGCCUCUUGGAUGGGAAGAAGCGUAUGAUGGACAAAUUGGGCCGUAUUACAUUAACCACGUGAAUCAAUCAACACAACUGGAAGAUCCACGACAAGAAUGGAGGGCCGUUCAAGAGGCAAUGCUGAGGGACUAUUUGCAAACUGCUCAAGAUGUUUUAGAGGCUAAGAAAGAUAUUUACCAAGUGAAAUCCCAAAGACUUAUGCUGGCACAGGACGAGUACAACCACCUCAACAACGAGCUGGCAACAUUAACAACGUCGCGAACCAGCUUAUGUUCGACAACGAGCAUAAUCAGUACCAAGUACGACCCGGACCUGCUCAAAUCCGACGUGGCCAUGGCCAAAAACCGCGUAUCCAGACUGAAAUCGGAGCUGGAGCAAAUCCGAAACGAAAUGAAUUUCACCCAAAGAGGAGUGGAGACUUUGGCCAAUGUGGAGCAGAAACUUAGCAUGGGUCAAGGUACGUGCUACAACAUAGCAGAAGCGCAAGCGAUCAUGGCCGAACUGAGAAACAUCCAAAAAUCGCUGUCGUCGGGAGAAAAGGAAAAGGCUGAACUGAUGCAAUCGCUGGCCAAGCUGAAAGACGACCUAACGCGAUUGCAGCUGUCCGAGAGCUCGCCGGACGUGUCCACCCUAAGCCUACCUCAAGAGAAACUAAGCACUGCAUCUCAGACUGAUCUAUCGUGUGAACUAGUCCCAAUUGGCACCAGGUUGGCUGAAAUGGCGAAAAUGCGCCUUGAGUACGAUGAGGCUCGCAAGCGCAUCCAAACCAUCCAACAGAAACUGGCCGAUCUGGAAGAAAAAGUGCAACCAGGACAGGCCGAGUCGGACAAGGACAGACUGUUACUUUUCCAGGAAAAGGAACAGCUGCUUAGAGAGUUGCGAAGCAUCACGCCUCGCAUGCGCUCGAAGGAGGAGAUGUGCGAUAUUCAGCAGGAGUGUCGAAGACUGGAGCAGGACCUGAACAACGCCCUGGAAAUGUCCAAUAGGGCAAUUGCCGAUAGACUGAGACUGCACGAAGAGAAGCAGCUGCUGCUGCAGCAGCUCAAGGAUGGCUUGAAACAGAUGACGCAUCUGGAGUCUCAGUUGAAGACUCUGUCGGCAAGCACGCUGUCAGUGAGCAGCAGCAGUAGCUUAGGAUCCCUGUCUACGACGAGUAGCAAGGGUUCGCUGAGCUCCGGUCUGAGUUUCACGGACAUUUAUGGCGGACCGCAAUGCAUCGGCGCUUCCAACGUGGACAUGGCAGAUUUGCAUCGUCGCGUAGAACGCCUGCUGAAGAACGACAAUUCGCAUAUUCCAUCGCCGGUGCGAUCACAACCUUCACUAUCACCGAGAAGUUCGCUGUCAUCCGUAUCGCCGCCAGUGUCUCCGAUGUACGAAAACCUGCCCUGUCUCCUACCGCCACCCACAUACGAGCAGGUGGAAAAGGACCGGAAGUUGCAGUCGGAUCAACUGGUCGAACUGCGGAUACCCAGCAAUGGCAGCAACGAGUACAUCAACUACAUGCCACCAAGGGUGUCCAUCCCUAGUCUAUCGCCCCUCACCGAUCUUUUGGAAGCGCAGGCCACCAACAUGUCGCAAGGCUCCGGCUUAGGCAGGCCCAGCCGCUACUCAUACGAAAGCUCAGGCGAGGCCCCCUUGUCUCCUAUAUCGGAAACUCCACCACCCGUCCUGGACCAGAUGUUGGACGAGAUGUUGCAAGGCCCCGCGCUUUCGCGCACCUCCUCAUCGGGCACCAAUACGCGCUCGGUCUCAGCAGCGGUCAGCGACGAAUCGGUGGCCGGCGAUUCUGGAGUCUUUGAGGCCUCUAAUCGAAGAAGGGCAUCGGGUGUGUUCGGGUCCAGUCUGGACAGUGACACGGCGCAAGUACAAAUUAAGAUAAGAUAUGUGGUCAACGAUGGCAUUCUGAACGUUACAAUGGAAAAGGCGAGGAACUUGAGUGCCCUGUUCAUACCGGAUGCAUCUGAAGUACAUAUAAAAGCGGCCCUUCUGCCGGCAAGCCCGCCGCAGACAUUCAGCUCGAAGCCAGUGAAGGACCUGAGAAAAUCAACUUUUGGUGACAUAUUCAACAUUCCAGUGCCCGCCAACAAGAUAUGCACUAAGACGUUACAGGUGAACGUAUGGAGUCGAUUCGAUGGACAGCCCGAUAUUUGCGUGGGAUGCGCGCAAGUGAGCCUGGCCGACUUUAACGUGCAAGCAACGACGCAGAAAUGGUACAACAUCCUCAGCCUAUUGGAGGAGCCGCAGUACGUGGAGCAGUCGAUCAAGCAAAAAGCCGAUCGACACUUAGAGAGCAGAGAGAAGCAGGAAAUGAUGGACAGGCAAACAGGCAAGGAGGAGAGUUCUGAUGACUCCACCAUAAUCUCCUCCCAGACCAGCACGCUGACGAGAAACCAGGAAACUGUGGUUCCGACGGGCAUUAAUCUGAAUUUCGACGAGUUGUACAACUGCCUGAAAACAACCGCUGAGUACGACAGCGCUGAUGACUCUGAGGAGGACGAUAUCGAGGAGGAGGAGGAGGAGGAAGAGGCCCGGCCGCUUGAGUUCCGGCCGAACGAAAAGUUAGACGUCGUACACGAGCACGACAUCGACGAGGAGCGGUAUCUUGACAAGCAAACCAACACCGAAUGCGCAUUCUACCCGGAACAAGCCAAGCAAAUGAAACUGGCUGCGCAGAGCGGUCUGGAUGAUCGGGGGCCAAUCAAGCGCAGCCAAACAUUCUCACCUAGUGCUCACGUGUCGAAGCACGAAUACAUCUGCAAACUGAACCGCAGCGACAGCGACAGCGCAAUGCCGCUCUACAGGCGAGGCAGCAAACCUUUCGAGCGGCAUGCGGUCGAGCGCAGAUCGCUGAGAUACCGAAGACCGUCCUGCUCGAUGGCGCAGCUGAGCACCAGCAAGUCGCAGUCGCAUAUUCCCCAAACUCCCCGAACCUCCAUUGACCUGGAGCUGGAUCUGCAGGCGCAACACACCCGCCUCGAAACCCUCACUUCAGAGGUGCUGAGGUUGCGCGAACUGAAACAGCGCCUGGAGGUUGCCAAAGAGCAGGGCAACACGGAGUUCACCGCUUUCAUGCUGGAGAAUCAGCAGUUCCAGAGUCUGGUGGCGGAGGCCGAGCGACCGACCAAAACGCAAGAGGAAAAGCGGGUGGAAAAAAUGCUGCGCAAGGUCUCGCGCGAGAUUUACAAGCUGCGCAAAACGAAAGCAGGCAAUGGAAAGCCCGACAUUAUUUCCUUCAAGGAGAAGAUGGCGUUCUUCACGAGAACACAGAUGACUGUGCCGUUUUUGCCCGACGAAGAGUCUUCCCCAGCCAAUCCAGAACAAAGCAGUAAGGACAGUGAUAGCAUAGAGGGCAAGGAGGCAGGCCUCGCAUCUGACUACGUCGUUGACCGAACUUUGGGUGUAGAGGUGUGAAGCCUGUCUGUGUGUAGUUGAUAUUUAUUUUCCUUUUAAUUUAUCGACAUUGACUAGUUAGAGCAAGUUUAGGUUAUUGUUCUUCCAAACAGUGUCCCUAUGCAGUAGAAACCAAUUUUAAAUGUGAUGUAGCAGUGCCUUUAGAUCUGAUCAAAUUUUCAAUAUACUCAGCAAAAAGUUUCGUCGACGUUUAAGUGAGUUGGACAAGUGCGGUGAGUCUGGACGAAACUAAACUUCAAUCGACAGUGCGUUGAUCUAGUAAUUAAUUGUUACUCUUUCAAUCUUAUAGGAUGGAAUAAGUGCGCAUGGUUAGCGCGGUUCACUGUUAUAUUUUAGUACAAUCUCUUUUAUACUUUGUUACCAUACUCUUAUAAUAUUGUUAACAUGGAAUUGUUCGCGAGAAGCCUUUGGCGCUUUUUUUGAAUGAUACAAACUUUGACACUUCAAAAGCCAUAGCUUUUUUGGUGCCUUUGGCGAACACCAUUUGGACCACCGUUUCGUCUGUACAGACCCAAACUGUUCGUCAUAGGCACGUAAAGGGGCCCUUUAUACACGUCAACUAUAUUAGUUGACUUUAUUUUUGUUAUUUAGCUUUCUCAUAUAAAAUAUGGUUAUUCGUGAUUUUUUUAUAAUGUACAUUAUGUAAAUAAUAAUUAUUAUAUUAAUUUUAAAAUGUAAUAUACAAAGAGUUAGUUGAUGUUUGUAAAAACAAAAUAUACAUUCUAAAUUGGA